GCGCCCGCAGCCGUCCGGCGCACCGCCCUAGCAGCGCGCCAGGCGGCAGCCCCCCGCCAGCACAUGGUGAAGACCUUCCAGGCCUACCUGCCCAACUGCCACCGCACCUACUCGUGCAUCCACUGCCGGGCGCACCUCGCCAACCACGACGAGCUCAUAUCCAAGUCCUUCCAAGGAAGCCAAGGAAGAGCAUACCUUUUCAAUUCAGUGGUAAAUGUUGGGUGUGGACCAGCUGAGGAAAGGGUGCUUCUUACAGGCCUUCAUGCAGUCGCAGAUAUCUAUUGCGAAUGUUGCAAAACAACUCUUGGAUGGAAAUAUGAACAUGCCUUUGAAUCCAGUCAAAAAUACAAGGAAGGAAAAUACAUCAUUGAACUGGCGCAUAUGAUCAAAGAAAAUGGGUGGGACUGAGAUUUGGUUUGACGCAGUGUGCCGACAUUUUGGUGUGAAACAUGGCCUUUGGAGUGAGUUGGACUGGCCUUUAUGUAUGUCGGCACACUGCGCCAUCAGAGUGUCUCUUGUUUCUUGACAUAUGAGGUGACUUGUACAUCUCAUAACAAGACUUUCAUUCAUUUUAUAGCUGAACAAUGAUUUCAUUGAGCUAUCAGAAUUACCACUGGCUAGAAGGAACUCUACAAGACAUCAAGAAUAGCUUCAAUUCAGUGUCACAUAUACACACACAUAUAUAAAUAUAUUAGUGAUCCAUGACAGUGUAUAAACUGGUAUUGUAUGUUGACAAGUGUUUGUGCUUCUAUACCAAGACAGUUCUGCUGUGAACAAAGUGUUAAACAAAGGAACGAACUUCAAAAACACUUUCAGCAGUGAACGUUAGUUGAUUUAUUGUGCAUGACUGUCCAGAUAAACAUUGACGAUGCGUGGUCUGUUGAUGUAAAUUUACUGAAAGUGUUAAAAUGAAUUGAUUGGCACUAUUGAUUUUCUUAGGUGUUUUAUAGAAAUCACCAUCGCUGAAUAUUGCUGUAAGAUUCAAGCUUAAUUGCUGCUGGUUUUUUUUAAUGUAUUUUGUGUAUGUGGUGUAUUUCUUGGUCCUAUUGUUGAGUUAUGUGGUGUUGUCUGAUAGAGAAAAGACAAUGAGGAAAUGAUUCAUCUAUUGUACAUUUGUAAAAUUUUUUAAAUGUGUACUUAUUUUGUGCCAAUUGACAUUAUCCCAAAUUGUGACUGCAGUGAAAGAAUCUUGGAGACCCUUUGUCAUCAAUAUAGGUGUCUAUUUAAAAUGAUCUUCAGCUCUUCAUUCUGCUAUUUAGAUCAUCUGGUAAGCUUAUGCAGACAUAGCAAGGUUUUCAUCACUCUGUGUAAGUAAAUGGGAUAUGGUCACCUUGGAUAUUCCUCUUUUCAUCUCACUUGUCUGUAGAGGUCAAACCCUGCCAGACUUGUUGCUGCAAGCUUAGCUCGAUGUGAUAGAUGAUGGCAAUUUUCACUUCUUCAUUACAGCAGAUAUCAUAGUAAAAUGUAAAUGAAAUGUCUCUUCCUUUUUUCAAUCAAAUGGCUGCUAAGUACUUAAUUUUUCGUACUUUGUUUUAAAAUUUCAAAUAUUUUAUUUGCAUGACUCCAUGUUGUUUUUAAUUCUGCUGUAGUGAAAGUAAAAAGCCAUCACGAAUCUUCGGUAAUCCAAUCUAGUCUUUCAUUCUGUGCAUUCAUUGUUAUUUCCCUAUUCAUAGAUAGUAUUUUAUACAGGUCACCUUCAUUUCUUAUGACAACAGUUUUAUUUUUUAAAAGUUGAAAAUAUUAAUUUCACAUGAAAAAUAAUAAAAUGUUUUAUAAAAUUGUAGUUGGUAGAUUUACACAGAAUAUGUUGAGUUUAUGUGACAAAAGAAAAAUUUCUUUUCAUUUACUGUAUCAUAAAACAUGUUUUGGAAACAAACUUCAGUUCAGUAUAAUUUCAUGUAAACAUUUUUUAUAAAUUUGUAAUAAGAUGUAAUAAAUUAACCAGAAAUUAGAAUGACC